UAAAGCAGACGUUUUAUCUUGUGAAAUAUACAAUUUCAAACGACUGAUAACGGGAUCGGAGAUAGUUUUUCCGGUUCGUGUGUACUAAAAUGAAGAUGGGGGACGUAAUCUUACUGCAGAUCUGGUAUCAACAGAGAAUGAAUAAUAUAAUUAGAAAUUUUUCUCUUUUCUAAGGAAAAAGAAACUUUGAUUGGCAAGCGAAACGAGCUCAGCUUGGUUUGUAUAAAAAUCAAAGAUUUUGAUCCCACUUGUUUUCUUUAUUCUUCUUUUUUUUUUCUUUAAUGGAAGAGAAAAGUGAAGUAAACACUCCUACGGAUUCGCUGCAUCCUCGGAACAAUAAUGACAACUCCUCAUCAAGUACAGCCAAUGGUUAUACAAUAGGUCAACAAGGCACAUACGGUGAAACAGAUGUCAAUCAAGUCAAUGUUGAAGAUGCCAAGAAUCAAUAUAGUGAACUUCGACGCGAAUUAACAGCACUCAGUCAGAGAACAACACCAUCCAAGAUAGAGGAAGGUCAGGCCAGUAAGGAUGAAUUUAAUCUCGAUGAAUUUCUACAUGGCAUAUCCAAAGAGUUGGACGAAAAUGGCCGAAAACGUAAACAUUUGGGUGUCCUUUGGGAGAAUCUCCAUGUAGAGGGUCUUGGCGCCGAUGCAUUUACUAUUCCGACCGUCUUUAGUAAUAUUAUGUCCGUUUUCAGCAUUUGGAAAUUGUUUAAAAAGAAUAAAAAUACAAGUACAAAAAUCAUCCUUCAUGAUCUCACCGGAUGUUGUCGAGACGGUGAAAUGCUUCUGGUGCUCGGACGUCCUGGCGCUGGAUGCAGUUCUUUUCUUAAAGUGAUUGCCAACAUGCGUGGAUCAUAUACAAAAAUCACAGGUGAUAUCAGCUAUGGGGGUAUCGAUCCCCACGUAUUCGCAAAGCGGUAUCAAGGUCAAGUAUGUUACAAUGAAGAAGAAGAUCAACAUUAUCCUACACUUACAACCAAGCAAACACUUCAAUUUGCAUUAAGAACAAAAACACCCGGUCAGCGACUUCCCGAGCAAUCAAAAUCUGAUUUCGUGAAUCGCGUCCUUUAUUUGCUUGGCAAUAUGCUUGGUUUAACAAAACAGAUGAACACAAUGGUUGGCAACGCAUUUGUCCGUGGUUUAUCCGGAGGAGAGCGUAAGCGACUGUCAAUUGCUGAGCAAAUGACAACCCGGAGCACAAUCAACUGCUGGGACUGUUCUACACGUGGUCUAGAUGCUGCCUCUGCUUUGGACUACGUACGUUCACUUCGUAUCAUGACCGAUAUCUUUGACAUCACGACUAUUGCUACGCUUUACCAAGCAUCCAAUAACAUUUACAACAUUUUUGAUAAGAUCCUGGUUUUGGAUGAAGGUUAUUGCAUCUUUUUUGGCCCUACAGAGGCAGCCAAACCUUAUUUUGAAUCCCUUGGCUUCUACUGUCCUCCUCGUAAAUCAACCCCAGACUUUUUGACUGGCCUCUGUAAUCCACUAGAACGUGAAUUCAGGCCAGGUUUCGAAGACACCGCACCAAAACAUGCUUCUGAAUUUCAGGAUCGCUACUAUCAAUCCGGUAUCUAUCAGCAAAUGAUGCAAGACUUUAACAAUUACAAAGAAACCGUUCAAAAGGAAAACAAAGCAGCUGCUUUUGAGGACGCAAUUCGAGAAGAACAUCAAAAACGCGCAUCAAAGAGAUCACCCUAUAUCGCAUCAUUCUACCAACAAGUCAAGGCAUUAACCAUUCGUCAGUAUCAUCUACUUAUCAAAGACCAGCAAGCACUUAUCUCUCGGUAUGGAACCAUUCUGAUUCAAUCACUGAUCACUGCCUCCUGCUUCUUUAAACUCCCAUUGACAGCCACAGGCGCCUUCUCUCGUAGUGGCGCGCUCUUCUUUGCGGUCUUGUUCAACUCAUUUAUCUCUCAAUCCGAACUCGUGCGGUUCUUGACUGGUCGACCCAUUCUUGAAAAGCACAAGCAGUACGCACUAUACAGACCGUCUGCAUUUUAUAUUGCACAAGUGAUUAUGGACAUUCCGUACGCUAUCGUCCAAGUUCUCUUGUUUGAAAUUUGUUCUUACUUUAUGAUGGGUCUCAAUUUGACGGCCGGAAGAUUCUUUACUUUUUUCAUUGUACUCUUCUUUAUCAACAUGUGUAUGAACGGUUUCUUCCGUUUCUUUGGCGCCAUCACAUCUAGCUUCUUCCUUGCCACGCAAAUCACUGGUGUCUUAUUGAUCGCUAUUACCUCGUACACAGGCUACACGAUUCCUUAUAAUAAAAUGCAUCCCUGGCUAUUUUGGAUUUAUUACAUCAACCCAAUCUCGUACGCUUACAAAGCCUUGAUAUCCAACGAGAUGCACGGCCAAAUAUACUCAUGUGAAGGCUUUGGUAAUUCUGUCCCCUCUGGCCCUGGAUAUGAUGACUGGAACUAUAAAGUUUGUACAAUGCAAGGUGGUAAGCCAGGUGAACCGUACGUCCGUGGAGACGACUAUCUUCUUGACGCACUCAGUUACAAGCCUUGGCAGCUUUGGGCACCUGAUUUUGUUGUAGUUGUUGCCUUCUUUUUGUUUUUCACUCUACUUACAGCAUUGGCUAUGGAAUGGGGUGGUAUAAGCAAAGCUGCUUCAUUGACAAAGUUAUAUCUUCCUGGAAAGGCACCCAAGCCGCGUACUGAAGCAGAGGAGGAUGAACGCCGACGCCGACAGAACAAUGUGACUGAAAACAUGGACAAGAUUUCGACAGGAACCACUUUUUCCUGGCAGCAUGUCAACUAUACUGUGCCUAUCAAAGGCGGUUCACUUCAGUUGUUGAAUGAUAUUGGUGGUAUUGUUAAGCCAGGACAUUUGACUGCUCUUAUGGGUUCUUCUGGUGCCGGUAAGACCACGUUGCUGGACGUUCUGGCCCGCAGAAAGACGAUUGGUAAAGUGGAAGGUAAUCUUUAUUUAAACGGUGAAGUCCUGAUGAAUGAUUUUGAACGUAUCACUGGGUACUGUGAGCAAAUGGACAUUCAUCAGCCCAAGGUCACAGUACGUGAAGCACUUCAGUUUUCUGCAUCUUUGCGACAGCCUUACGAAGUACCUCAAGAGGAAAAAUUUCAAUAUGUCGAACAGAUCAUUCAGUUGUUAGAAAUGGAAGAUAUAGCAGAUGCACAAAUUGGUGACGUGGGUUCAGGCUUUGGUAUCUCCGUCGAAGAAAGAAAACGACUGACGAUCGGUAUGGAACUCGUUGGUAAACCUCAGCUCCUCUUCUUGGAUGAGCCCACAUCUGGCCUUGAUGCUCAAAGCUCAUACAACAUUAUUCGAUUCAUUCGUAAGCUGGCCGAUGCAGGAUGGCCCGUACUCUGCACAAUCCAUCAGCCCUCUGCUAUCCUCUUUGAGCACUUUGAUCAUCUACUGCUUCUGGUUCGCGGUGGCCGUACAGCUUAUCAUGGUGAAAUUGGCAAAGAUUCACGCACGAUGAUCGAUUAUUUUGAACGAAACGGGGGCCCUCGCUGCUCGCCUGACGCUAAUCCUGCUGAAUACAUUCUGGAAGUCGUUGGUGCUGGUACAGCAGGAAAAGUCACUCAGAACUGGGCAGACGUUUGGGAAAAAUCAGACGAGGCCAAAGCACUUGCAGCCGAGCUUGAGGAAAUCCAUCAGAACGCCAACAAGAACCCUAGUCGUGAGGCGCGUACGUAUGCAACUCCCCUCUGGACUCAGUUCCGUCUGGUCUAUGCUCGUAUGGCGCUCGCAUACUGGCGUACGCCUGAAUACAAUAUUGGUCGAUUCAUGAACUUGAUGUUUACCUCUCUUGUUACCGGUUUUACAUUUUGGAAACUUGGUAAUACGUCUUCUGAUAUGCUCUAUAAGGUGUUUGCCCUCUUUAGUACAUUUAUUAUGGCUAUGACAAUGAUUAUUUUGGCUCAGCCAAAGUUUAUGAUGGAACGUAUUUACUUUAGACGCGAGUAUGCCUCCAGAUACUAUGGAUGGCUUCCAUUUGGUAUCUCUGCUAUUCUGGUUGAACUGCCUUAUAUCAUAUUCUUUGCUGCUGCUUACAUGUGUGGAUUUUAUUGGACAGCAGGCAUGAAGAACACGUCAGAGGCAUGUGGAUACUUUUAUAUUAUCUUUGUCGUUCUCGUCUGUUGGGCUGUCACCCUUGGUUUCGUCAUCGCAGCGAUUGCCGAAAUACCUACAAUGGCUGCCGUGAUCAAUCCGCUUGUGAUCUCGUUGCUCAUCCUUUUCUGUGGUCUCAUGCAAUCGCCCUUUGCUAUGCCUCGUUUUUGGAGUUCGUGGAUGUACUGGCUUGACCCGUUCCACUAUUAUAUCGAAGGGCUUGCCGUGAAUGAACUGUCAGAUCUUCAAGUUGUAUGCACAGACGCUGACCUCCUCAAGUUUACACCUCCUCCCGGUCAAACUUGUGGUCAGUAUAUGCAAAACUUCUUGUCACAGGCGACAGGAUAUAUUGCCAAUCCUGAUGCGAUGCAACCAGAUCAAUGUGGAUACUGUACCUACAAAUCUGGUGCUCAGUUUUAUGAAACUAAUAUGGGAUGGAGUGCAGCUCACAAAUGGAGAAACUUUGGUAUCCUUGUGGCCUUUUUCUUCUUUAACAUUUUUGUGUUUUUGGCCAUGGUUUAUUUCAAGAGAAAGGGAAGACGUUAGAUCUAGAGAAGAUAUUAAAUCCAUAAUAAUGGAUUUUAUGUACAAUAUUAAAAUAAAGACUCAUGUGUACAAAGUAAUAGCCGU